AAAACGUCACCGUAUUUUUCUCGACGCAGCUGACGAUGUAAACAAGAGAAGACAGUCGAGGGCAACGGGGGGAUCAAACAGGCCGGUGUCACCGCAAAUGAUUCGGCGUUAAACGCGCGUAAAACGGCUGACAUGGGGCUGCCCGUGACCAUUAAAGUCAACUUCAGGGGCAACGUGAAGAGGUUUCUGGCUCAGGACCUGGACAAGCUGGAGUGGGAGUCCGUGGAAGCCUGGAUUAAAGCGUCUUUUGGGAUCAACCACUUCCAAGUGAAAUACUUUGAUGAGGAUAAUGAAGAGAUUUGCAUAAACAGUCAAGAUGAAUACGAAGAAGCCAUCAAGAGCGCCGAGAAGCAGGGGAACCAGUUGCACAUGAACGUGUACAAGAUGAAAGGGCAGGCCUGCGGAGGCCCGCUGAAGACGGAGGUGAAGGAGCUGAAGGGAGACCUCCGGCCUGCUCCUCCUUAUCCAUCCAGGGUGAAAACAGUGGACAAGGGCACGCAGGUCACCCCGGAGCGGGAAGCUGUCACAGUAAAGGACACCAAGGGGAGCAAACCAGAAGAUGAGCCACCACCCAUGUGGUUCAGAUCAUACAUGGAGAAGUUUAAAGAUGAGGUCGUGAAAGAGGUGGUGGAGCGGAUGUGCAGUGACUUUUCUGGCCAGUGUUGUACCCACAAAACAUCUGAUGUGCCCCAUGAGGCCAUUGGGGCCAGUGGCGGUCCUAUAGGGCCCAGGCCGGGACCGUCCACCUCGAAUGGAUCACUUGGCUACACCCCAAACUGCAGCAGCUGCAACAAACUCACCUCUGAAGGGGCCUACAAGUGCAGCGUGUGCCCGUCCUGCAUCCUGUGUGAGAUGUGCAGACAUAGCCAUGACCCCAGCCACAACCUCGUGAGAACCAAGACCCCUCUCUCCAUCCCUGAGCAUGGAAUGUCGGGAGAGUUGAGGUUCCCAAGGCGAGGAGACAGGACAGUGCGCAAGGCCGAGCGACAGCGCCUCAAAGCUGAAAGGAGGCAGCUCAGAGCUGAAGUCAAGGAAAUCAAGAAGAAACUGAGACUGGAGAAGAGGGGGCUGCAGUGGAGUGGGCCCUCUACCUCAGGCAGAGCCAACCUGACAAACAUGACGUCCGCGUCAACCCAGGUCCCAGCCCUGCCCCCCCCUGCUGCCUCAGAAACAGCCUCAGGUCCAGCCCCAGCCCAAGGUCCCAUCCCUGCCCCGGUCCCUGAUCCCCAGGCCUCCAGUCCAGAGGGUCCCGGGGUCUCGCACACGUCCUUGGUGCCCACUAUGGCUGCCUUGUUUCUGGAUGAAAAUCUGCCGGACGGCACCCGUCUGGAGCCUGGUACCAAGUUCAUCAAAUACUGGAAGAUGAGGAACUCGGGGACUAUCAGCUGGACCUCAGAGACCAAGCUAGUGUUCAUGUGGGGGAACCUCGGCCUGGCCUCAGAGGAGAAGAGGGAGGUGCCGGUCCCUUUGCUGCUGCCGGGACAGGUGGGAGUGGUCAGUGUGGCCUUUGUCGCUCCCAUGAUGGAGGGGACGUACACCUCCCACUGGCGGCUGGCGCACUGCGGGUGUCAGUUUGGCCCGCGGGUCUGGUGCAGCAUCGUGGUCGAACACGGCGACGGCCGCAACGCGCUCGGGCAACAGAGCAAACGACUGAAGGAGGAGUUGAGGCCAGUGGAGAAGGAGAAGGAGAAGGAGGUAAGGUCCAAGGACGGCGGGCCCGGCUUGUCUGUAGACCUGAACCAUGAAGACUACUACUUCCCCUCAGUUGACCUGCUGACUGCACAGGAUUUACUGUCAUUUGAGUUGCUGGAUAUAAAUAUUGUGCAAGAGUUGGAGAAGGUUCCUAACAACACUCCUGUGGAUUUGACACCCUGCAUAUCCCCUCUGCCCCAUGAUGCACCAGUGUUGGAGAAGGCCGUGACUUCACAGUUAAAGGAGGACACAGAGGUCACAGGGGUCAGAAAACUGUUUGGGGUGAAGCUGAGGCAGCAGAGGGAGCUGCUGGAGCCCGUGAACCAGGAGGACGACCGGGAGGAGGAGAUCAGCGGAGCCCAGUUCCUCUGUGAGACCGUCAUCCGCUCCCUCACCUUGGAGGAAGCCCCUGAUCACAGACCCCUGCGCAGAGCCCAGCACGGCAGCCACAAACCACAGGUUGUUUCUCGGGGUCCCAGCUUUUGCUUUGAGAGAGCUACAGAGACUGAGAAGAUCGAGACGGUGCAAGAAGCAAAUGAGGAGAUCUGUGCCAUCAGACUCGAGAGUUCAGCUCUGCCUCCCAACACAGGACUCAACCAGAUCACCCGGGAAGAGGAGACGAAGCCAGUUCUUCUGCUGGUACCAGUGAAUGAAAACCUGCAUCUCAGCUCACAUCAUGACAACGAGGACGAAGAGGUCAUGGUCUUAGCUGACAUGCAAAACAUGAGAGACACUCACGAAGAGAAAGAGGAGGGUGGAACCAGAGGAGAAGACUGGGAGGAGGUCAGCAGCCAGACCUCCUCGGUCUCCUCCUGCGACGAUUACAUUAUCGUCCUCCCCGACUGCUUCGACACCAGCCGGCCUCUGGGUGAGUCCAUGUACAGCUCCGCCAUGUCGCAGCCCGACACGGCUGCUGCUGCUGCUGCUGCUUUGACCUCAGACGAUCCGGACGACGUACAGCAGCAAGAGAAGGAGGAUGAGGAGGAGGAGGAGGAUGAGGAGGAGGAGGAAGAUGAGGAGGACUCUGAAGCCGGCAGGGUGGCACCUCUGAGAGAGAGGCAGGAGUGGACGGAGGAGGUCAAUACCGAGGAUUCACCUGUGAGCACGUGGCCUCCACUCGUCCCCUCCAUCCACAGCAGCGUGAACCAGAUGCUGUGCGCCUCCCAAACUCUGGACGCUGUGACGCUCACCCCCGAAGUGGUGCCACCGCCGGUGCUGCCCGACCCCCUGCUGCCUCCACCGGCCCUCUACUCACCCAGGUCUGAGGCACUGUACCUGGCUGAGGACCCGAGUCCUCCGGCCUGUGGACCAUACGAGCCCCCCCAACCGAGGGUCCACCUAAAUGUAUCAUCUGGUCUGUCAAGAUCAGCCGGCUCAGCAUCCAGUGCCUUUGAGACAUACAACCCCAGACCCAGCAACGCUUUGCAGCCAAGGGGCCAAGGAGGCAUCACGGAGGGACUCGUCAAGGGAGCCCUUUCUGUGGCGGCGUCCGCUUAUAAAGCUCUCUUCACUGGACCAAACUGUUCAAUACAGCGAGGCAUCGACCCAGCCACCAGACAGGACCCCUCCAUGAUGGCGAUGCUGCUGGAAAUGGGCUUCAGAGACCAGCGGCUCAACCAGCGGCUGCUGAGGAAGCACGGCUACAGCCUGCUGCACACCGUCAACGAGCUGGUGCAGAUGGCCGAGGACAGCCAGAACAAGGCUGUCAACACUCAGCACUGAGGGAAACAAACAAAAGACGGAAGGAAUUUAUUUGACUUUUAAUGUAAAAGAGAAUUAUUUAGAUUACGACUGUGUAUCGCUCAAACUUUCCAGUGUCUUUGUUUUGAAUUAUUUAAAAGAGGAGACCUAUUUAUGAUUCGUGCAACUGAUGGAUGUCUUUUCCAAAGGGUUGGAUACUUAAUUUGAAGCAGGAGUUAAAGAUAAUACGACACAAAUGUCACAAAUGAACGAGGAGCAUGACGGUUGAUUUGAAAAGAACGGCUUUCUCACGCCUUUGCCUUUAAUUUAGCUUCAAUAUUUUGAUCAAAUUAACCCACAUACACGCUUGUAAAUGAAUAUGAAUAGUGGUUAAUAAUGCCUUGUUUACCCGGGGGCCGUAGAGCCUUAUUAUGUGUUGGUGAAAAAAAGGAGCAGGGACAAAAAAAGUGUGUAUUUCAGCUCUUCAUCUUAGUGUUUGUGUGGCUGUCGUAGCUGCUUCCUCCGCGCUGAAAAAUAAUUGUCUUUUGACCGGGCUUGGCUAGAUUCUUCUCACAAAUAGAGCAGCAGUGUUGAAUGUCAUAAAACAAAAACAAAAAAGAGAGAUAGGAAACGAUCGGGAACGCCAGCUCUCGUUCGAGACGAUGCUACCGGACGUUCUGGGUGUGGAGGGUCGGCGGCGCAGUAGUGAGAACGUCGGAUGUUUAAAGACUUUUUCUCGAUUUAUCGUAGUGAAAUCUGCCUAAACAAUGCAAUCUUUUUUCUGUAUCAGAGUACUGUUAUUUUAGACGUUGACAUGUGGAAUGUAUACAAAAACCCGUCCGAGCGGAUCGCUCGUUCGGACUCGGAUGUUUUCUACUGCUUUUUAGGAGACACCUGCAUGACAGGUAGAGGCUUUAGAGAUGAGUCGUGUUCUCGUGGUCUUAGCACAGUCACAGUGGAAAAUGUCCGCUUUGCGUCAACCUUUUAAAAAAAAAACACACACAAACACCCUUUGCCUGCAUUCUUCUUCUCGUGUCAUUCAAAUCUGAGCAACAACAAGUCACUCAGCAUUAAUCCAACGCGUGAUGUCUCUUAACAACACAUUCCUCGACGUUUGAACCAAGUUUUUUCUCAUUACAUUGCCUUUUAUGAACGAUGAUUAUUAGUUUACUGGAAUAUACACGUGGUGAUUUGACAUUUGUGGUGUGAGUGUGCAGAUUUUUCUCUGUUUAUUUGGAUUAUUCCUCCUUUAUGUCUGUGUGGGUGUGGUUGGUUGGUUGAUUGAUGGGGGUUUUGAACUAUAAUUUCUGUCAUUGUUUCAAAGAAUCAUGCUCUAGAGAAUAAUUCUGAAUAUAUCUACUACUGUAUGCUUGUCAAAUUAUUCCUCUGCCACAGAGUGUAUACAUUGAAUACCCUUCGACUGUCAAUCCGCCAAUAAACUAUUUGCACAUCUC